UUCAUUAGGUGAGAAUGAUUCUUGUGAUUCAAUCGCGACCGGAGUUGAAGAGCAACGACAUCCGACAGGAAACGAACGACAGGCGGGGAUUGGGUCUUCAUUCACAAACAGAGGUGAUACUGAGAAGAAAAUGGAAUCCUUGCCUUAUGGCGCUGUAAAAAUUGUUGUAUCGGACCCAAACCAAGAAGGAACUGACCCUGCAGAGGGCAAAUUUGUCUCUUCUGCAGUCUGUAUUGUGGCUGGAGAGACUUCAAAGGCUAAUGAAUUAGGCCGUGAAGGUGGAACAAACAACAGUGCUAAAUACCAAAACCAAAAAGCCACAGAGGGUAUGAGCAUAGAGCUCCCAUCUGAAAUCAAUACAAGGACUCUGGUGGGUCCUUAUAAACGGACGAUGGAAGAACGUGUCCUUUGGGCACGGCAUUACUAUGGAAUGAUACUAAAGCUGCGGUCAGAAAUGGGUCCCAAUCAAGAAGGAGCAAACCCUGCUAAUGACCAAAUUGUCACUUCGGCUUUUGCAACGAUUAGUGGAGUGACUCAAAAUUGUACUGAAACUGAUUCUGAAGUUGGAAAAAGCAGCAGAGCUCCACGCCACGUCCAAUGGCCUAUAGUCGGUAUAACUGAACUGAUCCCGUGUGAAGAAAUUGUGGAGAGGCUGAUGAUUCCUAAUUUCCAGAUUAUCCAGAAGACAAGAAAAAACAUCUUUUGGGAACGUUUUCACGAUAAAGAUCAAGAAGAGAAACUGGACGACCACAAAAAGCCUUCAGAUAUAUCUCCUGGGAAUAGUUUCUAUUUGAAACUGCGUCACCUUAUACUUCACAAAGUGUACACUCCCAUCGUGGGAGGAAGAGAAAUCCCAGCUGGGUCAUCUCGGUCUGAGCGCAACGACAUCACGCAUGUAAGAGAGAUCAUCCUUAUAAAAGAGAACGGCCUUCCUUCAAACAGAAUACUCUUGUUUGAGGAAUUUGGAAAUGGCAAAAGCCAUGUUACAAGGAAAUUGUUUAAGGACUGGGCUGAUCCUGAUGACUGGACAGAGAAAAUUGAGAUAGUCUUCCCCGAGAAGUCUGAGUUUGUGGUUUAUAGUGAUCUCACAAAAGACCUGAAAUAUUAUAGCCGUGAAGAUGUCAUAAGCACGAAAGUCAGAGGAGAUAAACUGAGGAACUGUUCUGCGUUGAUAACGACUCGAAUUUCCGAAGCUGACCAGCUGAAAGAAUUUCAAGACUUCUAUGCUGAGAUCAGUGAAGAGGAAAGAAAAACCCUUAUGAUCAGGAUACUUGGUGGCGAAACAGAAGCAGUAGCGUUGUCGAAUCAUCUUUACCAGCAAGGCGUGGAAACUCUGGCGAGAAUUCCGCUACUUCUUUUCAUGUUUUGCCAGAUGUGGAGACACGGAAAGGUACAGAGCCUUUCUGGCUCCAAAACAAAAUUGUACUUUGCGAUCGUCCAGUACGUUUUGCAUUACAAUGAGGGGAAAGUUGAAGAUUUCACAGAGAUCUUGAGUGAAAUCGGAAAGGUGGCCUUAGAAUGUCUUUUAAAGGACGAUCAUGUAUUCGAGUAUGAUCAACUGUCCGAUGCCAUCCUUUGUGAAGAAAGUCGCAUUAUUGGCUUACUGCAAGUCAGUAAGUGCUCAAAAAGAAUUCGACCAGCAUUGAAGGUAUCAUUUAUUCACAAGAGCAUACAGGAGUUCUUGGCAGCGUGGUAUAUCACCCACCGACGUGUCCCUGAAGGAAAUCUCGGUGAAAUUGGCGACUGCGCCCGAACCUUGAACGACUGUAGUUCCUUGGAAAAUGUUUUUCAGUUUGUUUGCGGUUUGUCUGAUGAUGGAGCAUUGAGGGUUUCUGAGCACUUGGCAUCAGUUAGAUCCUCUGACCCGGAACUAAAUUUUUCACUGACAAUACCGAAUGAUCAAAGUGUCGUCUCACAGCAGUGUUGCUUCAUAUACCAUGUGCAUAGUUCGUUUAGAGAAGUUCGAUCUAAAACUGCGUGCUUGCCACACUUUUUGAACUGCACCGAUCGCAUCAUCUUUGUUGGGGAGGAUGGAAGAUCAUUCCUUGACAUGUUACCAGACGAGAAAAUUUGGAAUGAGAUUUCACUUCGUGGAGUGGUUUGGUUGGGUAGAUGGAACCGUGACGAAAUAAGGAAGAUAUACCAGUCGCUUGCGUUUCUCAAUUGCUUACAUAUUCCUCUAGAACCAAUUGUCCAUUCAGCGUCUGUUUCAGUCGGAACAUUUGUAAAGAAAUUCGAAGCUAUCGAAUGUGGCGUGUUCUCCUGUGAGCUGGGUUGCAUGCUUCUUUUCCAUGCUGGCCAGACACAGUUUCACGUAAGAGAAUUGAAACUAUGUUGUGGUGGUCAUGCCAGGCUACUCGCUGGUGUGAAUUCUCCUCCAUCUCUUCCCAGUGUUUGUUCAACACCGUCAUGUUUUGAAUUUCUAACAUCUUUAGACAUUUGUCUUCACGUAGAGACAAAACAAUGUUCAAGUACAAUGACUAACAUCUGCUCCACUACUGAGAACGCUUUUGAAUUGGUAGAACAGAUACCAAAUCCUGGUAAGUAUCGGUUGAAGCUUGACAUUGGCGUCUGUUUAUUCACGUCGUCUGUGGCAGUGACGCUCGCUGGUUUGUCGCCAAAACUAAUCAACCUCGUCAAACUUGACCUUGACUUGGCUGGCUGUUGUGCUGCAGUAGUAAACGAGCUGGUUUCUAUUAUAACGAUCAAAACUCUUGAGAAACUUUUACUGGGGAACAUAAGACUGACUCCAGCGGCAGCCGUGGCACUUGGCCGAUCACUUCCUGAAAUGCCUUUGUUAGAAACACUUUGGCUAACGGGGAGGAUAGGGAGCACCUUACAAGUGGAGGAAAUGGAGGCACUGCUUGGAGGAUUUAACAGAACAUUUCCGGCUUUAAAAUGUCUUCUGUUCUCCAGUUUCAUUCUCAGAGGAUGUCUCACCCCACUUACGCAGCGUUUUCACUUCUUUCCUAGCCUGUCUUCCUUGGAUCUUAGUGAUUCAAAUUUGGAUGAACACGACUUACUUUCCCUCGUGGAUGGUUUGAAGUCCAGUCCUAAUCUGAUGAGCCUGUUUCUACUUGGCAAUCCACUGGGUAACGAGUACAAGGUGAAUUCUAUCGUGAAACAAGCGCUGUCUGAAGUUGAACUAUAUUAUUGGUAACAAUUGUUUCAUUCGUGGAAAAAAGAAGUAGACAUGCGCAUUGACAGAAGAAGUGAUUGUGAUCAGCGAAACAGCGAAAGCGUCGCUCUUCUCGACAAUUUCUUUUAAUUCAAUUUGAAACUAUCAACAAAUAGAAACAAAAUGAAACCGGAAAAAUACUCUCACUGAUAACGGCAAAUAACAUUGCGAGAUAUAAUGGCAAAGAACUUUUGAGGUAACAAAAAGGUCGAUGAAUACUGCUAUGAAGCCAGGGUAAUCAUUAUCCUUGAAAUUUGGAACCCUUUAUAUGAAAUGUCUACGAUUCUCUCAUCGUCAAGGGUGUUCUCAGGUGUGGCUUUGCUAGCAUGAAGCAAGACGAUUUUGGCCUUUUUUAAUUUUUUUCUGAAAGAUUGACUUUUCUGAAGAAAACUGCCGCGGAAAAUCCUUAA